AUGACUUCGGUUGCACUUCCACCGGGCAUUUAUGUUCCCAUUCCAACAUUCUUUCUCGACACACCCGCCGAUGACCAACCAGUCGACGUCGAUACUGUUGCUCGACACGUCCAGUUCCUCUGCUCAGCUGGUGUUCAUGGUGUUGUUUGUAUGGGUUCAACAGGCGAAGCAGUGCAUCUCAAUGAAGAUGAAAGACAACUGGUCGUUCGAACUGCACGCAAAGCCAUCGACGAAUCAGCCUCCAAAGCGAAACUCAUCGCUGGCUGUUCACACGAGUCAGUUCGCGGCACACUACGCCUCAUCAAGCAAGCAGCCGAAGCAGGUGCUGAAUAUGCUAUGGUUCUACCACCUUCGUAUUUUCUUACCUGGACAGUCAACCGAUCGGACGUCCUCGCUUCCUUCUACACGAAAGUCGCUGACAAGGCUGCGCUUCCAGUUAUAAUCUACAACUUUCCAGGUGUGACACAGCAGAUGGAUACUCCACAGGAAACCAUCGUCAAGCUAGCUUCUCACCCGAACAUUGUCGGUAUCAAAUGUACCGAUGGAAAUGUAGGCAAAGCAGGUUACGUUUGUGAACACACCGAUCCCAAACAAUUCACGCUGAUGAGUGGCUCGGCUGAUAGUUUCGUGCCGUUCCUAACAAUUGGAGCACAAGGGUGUGUUCCGGGUUUCGCAAAUGUUGCUCCGCGAGUGCUUGUUCAUCUGUUUAACUUGUAUAGAAACCAUUCACAGGAUAAGUGGGAAGAAAUUCAACGUAUUCAAGGCCGAAUUGUUGGGCCUGAUCAUGCUUUUUUUCGAUGGAAUGGAAUAUCCGGUUUGAAGGCAACUAUGCAGAAAGUGCUAGGAUAUGGUGGUCUCCCACGUGCACCGCUGGUGCCAACAUCAACAGAACAACAAGAGAGUAUUGUCAAAGCCAUCGAACCAGCACUUGAAAUCGAACGAGACUUAGCUUCAAAAGCAUAA